AUGUCUUUCAAUACCUUUAUCCAACAUAUUAAAUCGGAAAAAUACCGUCAACUUGGAUUUUGGAAAUCCAGCAAAAACGGUACCCCAUUAAAUCCUCUUUAUUGGUUCCAAUUUGCCGACGACGCGGCUGUUGUUAGCGGCCAAGAAAAAGAAAACCAAAUGCUCCUCAAUCGCUUUACAAUCUGGUGUCAGUGGGCUGAAAUGAUAAUACGUGUAGACAAAUGUUCAACAUUUGGCAUUAGGAAACAAUUAACCAAAUCCAUUCAAUAUCUCCAAAAACUAUUUGUAAAUAACUGUCUUGUACCACGUGUUGAACUUGGUAAAUCAUUUCGCUACUUAGGUCGUUAUUUUGACUUCAACAUGUCCGACGAAGACCACAAAUCUGAA